AUGACUGAGGUUGAAGAGUUUAAAUCUAAGUUACCAAAAGAUGAACUUUGUUUAGCUAUCGUGGAGUCCAAGCCAGUAGGCCAGGUUCUUGGUGUUUCGGACAAGGAUGAUUUUUUUGUUCACACCACCAGGAAGACCAUUGCUGAGUUGUCUGAAUCUAGACAGGUGGAGAAGUGUAUUGUCAUGUGCACAAUUGCAGCUAUUGAUUCUGAUAUGGGCUGGUACUAUUUGAGUUGCAAAGUCUGUUCAAAGAAGGUUGUGCAAGUGCCUAACGACACUCUUGAUGAUGGAGAAGAUGAAAACGAAUUGAUGUUCAGUUACUAUUGCAACAAAUGCAAAUGUUACAACCCUAAGCUUCUCCCAAGGUACAAGUUGCAUUUGGUUGUGCUUGACAAUACUGGAAAUUCAAAAUUUCUCUUAUUUGACAACCUUGCAUUACAGUUGCUUCAUCAACCUUGCAUUGAGCUUACUGGACCUAUUAGUGAUGAGAUUCAUGGGCCAGAUGUUAUACCUCUUGAACUCCAAAACUUAGUGGGUAAGACGUACCUCUUUAAGAUUCAAAUUGAAAGAGAGAAUUAUGUCUACAAGCAUGAAACCUACAAAGUGUUGAAGAUUGUCACCAACCUUGAAAUGAUUUCUGAAUUUGAUCUGUCGGCGUCCCCUAAGGUGCCAAGGCUUUGUUUAGCUCCAUCAACCUCUGCCCUUUCAGAAGCACCAGAGGGAUCGCUCAUGUUAUCUGGUGGUUCAUCAGAGGAAGUUAAUCCAACUGAGCUAACUCCAUCUAAAAGGAGAGUGUCAACAGUUGUCAACUUGGAGGAAGAGUUUGAUCGGAAUUCGGUUACUAAAACUGCAUGCACUGUUCGAGUUAAGAAGGAGAAGAGUGAGAAAAGUGGCUAG